AUGUCUCCGGUCGCGAAUUGCUUUGCAUCAGCUCUCGCAUUCGGCAUCACCCAGAUCAAGGGCUCAUUGGAGCCAUGGCGGUAUCUGUUUAUCAUUGAGGGAGCUCCUACGGUUCUUUUCUCGGUAGUUGUAUUCCUCUUCCUUCCCGACUCUCCAGGAUCCGCCAAGUUCCUCACUGAGACUGAGCAAACCGAAGCCGUCGAACGUCUCCAGAUUGUUGAUAGAACAGCAAAGGAGAAAAUGCAAUGGGGCCAAUUCUUCCAAGGAUUGACCGACUACAAAAAUUACGUCCACAUGGCCAUUCAUUUUUGCUGCAACUAUUCCUUGUCAGGUCUAUCGAACUUUCUACCAACGAUCUUAGAGACCAUGGGCUAUACUUCAGUGAAUGCGCAAGGGCUGGCAGCACCACCUUAUUUUGCUUCAUUUCUUUGCUGCGUUGCCGCUGCUCUAGUGUCUGAUCGAUGGGGAAAUCGCGGCUACGUGGUCACCUUUUUUGCUUUAAUGGGUACAGCCGGCUACCUUAUCUUGACCUGUGUGCAAGAUGAGUCAAAGACGGCCGCACGCUAUGCUGGUGUUUGGCUCGCGACGUGUGGAAUAUUUCCUUCGCUCGCUAUCAAUAUCACCUGGCUACUGAAUAAUCAAGGAGGUGACAGCAAGAAGGGCGUUGGUCUGGCUUUGUUAGCCACAUUUGGACAGUGCUCUAGCCUAAUCAGCAGCUCUGUCUUUCCCGAUGCCGAUGCACCAUUGUAUACUACGGGGUGCGCCCUUGGAUGCGCUUUCACUGGCCUCAUUGCUAUUUUGGCCAUGGGACUACACAUUGCUUUAACGUUGGAGAACAAAAGAAAGGAUCGUCUUUACGGGCCAGUCAAUGAAAACGACAAAGUCGAUGUGACUGAGGGAGGCGAUCACCCCAACUUCCGGUACUUGACUUGA